CCGUUGCGUCAAAGGUCGUACCGCUARGUAGUAARGCACCCGUACAAAAAGCGUCAUUUCUUCUGCGUUGUGUUCAAUGGAGUCUCGUAUUUGAAAUGCCGAAUACAARGUCAUCGAUCCCUGUUCUCUUCCUACCACCAGCUUUCUCGGUUUACGGGACACAGAUAGAGAACAGCAGUACCACAGCAAAUUAUAGCUGCCUGAACAGCUUAUUGUGAACCAUGGCGAAGUACGCUUAUGCUCCUCUCUCUAUUGUACGUGCUAGACGGUUAUAGUGUAGGACUUGAUGGGAYGCACCGAACGAAUCAUUCCUGGUGCUACUGGGGUCUCGUUUCGUGAAUGCUCGAUUCGGCCGAGCAGAAGRAUUUCGAAAUUUUCUUGCGCCGGGUGAAACGCGAUUCUCACAACGUUCUUUUUCUUUUGCGGACCCAGGAGGAACAACGGCGAAGGGCCGCCGGCGGCUAUUAUCCAAGUGGCGGCGGCGGAACCACCACCGACGACGAAGACAAACUCAUCCAGGAACGGAUGCCGAUGUGCGUGGGAUUCUGCGUGUUGCUGGCCAUUGUCUACGUCCUGAGUCGCACCGGAGUGAACCAAGACGUUAUGCUGGAUCGCAACAGCAGGAUCAACAACGGGCAGGUACAAAGCCUGCGCACCGGAGAACCGGUCAAUGGUUUCGUACCCGCCUCGACGCAGCCCGUAGCGUCGUCUUCGAAUGGAMUCAAUCCCACYGAGUCGGCCGUUUCCACCGCCGCCAUUCCCAAGGAGGAAGGCUGCGACUGCCCGGAGUCACAGACAAUCAUCAAAACCGUGUACCAACCGGCACCCGUUCAAACUUCUGCGACUGCAGCGACCACCGGAGAGGACACGAACGCGUUGAUGGGCCGUCUUCGCCAGGAGGCCCUGUCCAAUACACCCCCGCACAUUAUUGAAUGCGCUGCGGCCGAGGCCGGAGAAUCACAGAGUGCUUGCCACUUGCCGAAAGAAACAAGAUACGCGGCGCUCGGCCAAAAGGGAGCAACCCUGUGGAUGACCGGGUGUUCCGGAGCCGGAAAAACGACCAUUGCCACUGCUCUGGAAGACAUUCUCGUUAAGAACUAUGGAAAACACGUGUAUCGGCUGGAUGGGGACAACCUUCGGACGGGACUCAAUCGAGAUUUGGGAUUUUCGGAGUUUGAUCGAGCCGAAUCGGUUCGACGGACCGGUGAGUUGGCUACGCUGUUUUCGGAUAGCGGAGUUAUUACGUUAGUUGGUCUCAUCAGUCCGUACCGAAAGGAUCGCGACGAAGUUCGAAAGCGCCACGAAGACCAAGGGAUUCCCUUUUACGAGGUCUUUUUGGACGUUCCUGUGAAAGAACUUUUUGAGCGAGACCCCAAGGGACAAUACGCCMGGGUCAAAUCGGGUGAACUCAAGCAUUUUACUUGCAUCGAUGACCCCUACGAAGAACCGCUCAACGCAGAGAUCACUCUUAAGACACACGAAUUGGMGAUCGARGAAUCCGUCGCCCAGCUUUUCCAACGGCUGGAGAGGGAUGGCAUCUUGAUGGGAGCACCCAAAGUAACACCCCMUGGUUUGCCCAAUCCCGAUGGGGAUAAAAUCGUCGACUUGCACGUCCCAGCCGACCAAAAGGCGGCACGCACGCUGGAAGCCGAAGGUCUUCCGAAAGUGUUGAUUACGGACAUCGAUCUGAAUUGGCUGCAGACAAUCGGCGAAGGAUGGGCGGCCCCGCUCAAGGGUUUUAUGCGGGAAGGAACGCUGUUGGAGACUCUCCACUUCAACAGUGUUUUGAUUGAUCCGUUCAACGUUACCGGGAACGAAGAUAGACUGGAAACCAAGACGGAUUUCAAUAACUUUCCGGAAAACCGUCCCCGCAAUCGUGUCAGUAUGCCCAUUCCAAUCACUCUUUCUCUGAGUGAUUAUACAAAGGGACGCAUCGAAUCUUCCGGCAAGGAAGAUGUUGCAUUGGUGACCCGAAUGGGAGAAACUGUGGCAAUUAUGCGAAACGUCGAAAUUUACGAGAAUCGCAAGGAGGAAAUUGUGUCCCGAAUGUAUGGAGUYAUCGACAUGGACCACCCCUACAUUCAUAACAUCUACAUGGGUGGUGAYUACCUUAUUGGAGGAGAAAUCGAAUUGCUGGAUAGAAUCCGUUACAACGAUGGRUUGGACAAGUGGCGAAAAACCGCUACCGAGCUGAUGCAAGAGUUCCAGGACAAGGGUGCCGACACCGUUUAUGCCUUCCAAACCCGCAAUCCUACUCAUGCCGGCCAUGCUUACUUGAUGAAGUCAGCAGGAGAAGAUCUUCGAAAGAAGGGAUACAAGAAGCCGGUGCUUUGGUUGAGUCCUCUCGGAGGCUGGACCAAGUCAGACGACGUGCCACUCGACGUACGAGUCAACCAGCAUGAACAGGUUCUAGAGGCUGGAAUCUCCCACCCUGGUGGUCUUGAUCCCGAAACAACGGUGAUGGCUAUCUGGCCAUCUCCCAUGGUGUAUGCUGGUCCAACCGAGGUCGAAUUCCAUGCCAAGUCUCGUCGCAGUGCCGGUGCGAGCUAUUUUGUGGUGGGUCGCGAUCCCGCCGGUAUGAAGGGUUCCCCAAAUGCCGUUGCUCACCCCGAUGACGACUUGUAYGACGGAAAUCACGGUCGAUAUGUGCUGCAAAAUUCUCCCGGAAUCGGUGACAUGAAAAUGCUUUCCUUUGUAAAGGUCAUGUAUGAUACCACCGACAACGUCAUGAAACUUCCGGACGAAAGUCGCAUGCAAGAUUUUAUCAGCAUUUCCGGAAGCAAAAUGCGUCUCUUGGCUCGCAAUGGAGCUGUCCCGUGUGCACCCGACAACAUUCCAACGGAUUUGGUUGCAGCCAACUGCGUUCCAAGCGGUUUCAUGGUACCGAAAGGAUGGGAUGGCGUCGUUGACUACUACAAGAACAUCGACGAUACRACYCGAUGGACGCCCUGGUCYCAACCCCAUACCGAAGCGCCCGCUGCUGGAGGCACCGCACAGGUWGGAAGUUUCGGCUUUUCUACAUUUUCUAUGACAUCAACCGAAUACGGAAGUUGGUGGCACGACGUUCCUAUUCGCCCUGCUGGAGAAGCAGAAUCRUCACCAAUUCUCAACAUGGUUACGGARAUUCCGAUGUACAUGACAGCGAAGAUGGAAGUAGACAAAUCAUUYGCMGGAAACGCUAUUCGACAAGACAYCAACAAGGAUGGUUCGCCUCGYUAUUAUUCGUACGGAACAACAUUUUUCAAYUAUGGUUUGAUUCCUCAAACCUGGGAAGACCCCGAAAUGAUGUCUAUGGGAUACGGAGGUGACAACGACCCAAUCGAUAUGAUUGAACUCGGAGACAAACCACUCGCUAUGGGAAGCAUUACGCCCUGCCGUGUCAUUGGGGAAUUAGAACUUAUCGAYGAGGGAGAAACCGACCACAAGAUUUUGUGCAUUGCCCUGACUGAUCCUCUCUCUAAYACGGUGCACACCAUGGACGAUUUGGAACGAGCCAAACCGGGCACACUGGAGCUGCUGAAAAACUGGYUGAAGMGGUACAAGACCACCGACGGAAAGCCCGUGAACAGCUUGGCGAGCGAAACUCCUCGAACCGUUGAGGGAGCGCUCGAAGUCGUUGCCGAAGUACACUCAAGGUGGCGAACGUUGUGCGGCAAGGACGGGACACGCCGAACAGCUCUGUCCAGCAAGACGGAAGACUUUUGGUUGGCUAGCCCCAACUGUAGAGGGGCAUAAAGAGUUACAAAAAAAUACAUAUAUAAAGCAAACGUAUAAAA